GUCUGCUCUGUGAACGCACGAGGCCAAACACUAAAGAGCUGCUGCCCUCGCGCUGUCCUCGCACACAUCACGCGGGUUUUUCUCACGCGGGAACUCUCGCGCACUGAACCGGCAGGAUCGCGCGGUGUCGCGGCUCUGGUGAUUAAAUUCCUCGCGCAGGGAUCGGCGGCACUGAAGCACCGCAGAGGAGCAGGGAGUCACUGACAGGCGCUCGGCGGGGCGGAAUGGACUACAGUUAUGAUACGGACCUGGAAGAGUUGUGUCCGGUGUGUGGAGAUAAAGUUUCUGGCUAUCAUUAUGGUUUAUUAACCUGCGAGAGCUGCAAGGGUUUCUUUAAGAGGACCGUACAGAAUAACAAACGGUACACAUGUGCAGAGAGUCAGGACUGUAAGAUCGAUAAAACCCAGAGGAAACGGUGUCCGUUCUGCCGCUUCCAGAAAUGUCUGAACGUCGGGAUGCGGCUGGAAGCUGUCCGUGCUGAUCGGAUGCGAGGCGGGCGCAAUAAAUUUGGCCCCAUGUACAAACGAGACCGGGCGUUGAAGCAGCAGAAGAAAGCUCUCAUCCGGGCGAGCGGCUUAAAGAUGGAAACCACGCCCCCUUUGAUGUCAUCCCCUCAGUCUGACUACAGCUUCGGCACCGCUCUGUCCGCCCCGGCUCCGAAAAACACCCACCCGAACAUCGGCACCUCUGUGGCCCCUACAGAUUACGAACGCAACCUCUACGCCUCCAGCUCCCUGAGCUUAUCCAUCCCCAUCCCGGCCCACACCCCUCUCCCGGCGCAGUACCCGGCAUAUCCCACCCUGGCCAGCCGCGCCAUCAAAUCCGAGUACCCCGACCAAUACACGAGCUCCGAGCACUACACCAGCGCCAGCUCCCCAGAAUCCGUUCCAGGCUUCACGUACGUCGACCAGACGCGGGUGUCUAGCAGCCCUCCCCUCGCCCCGCCGGGCUUAACCCUGCCGCCGCUGGUUCUGGAGUUUGUCCGCUGUGAGCAAGAUGAGCUGCAGGUGCAAAGCAAGAUAAGCGCUCACCUGGCCCACCUGCAGCAGGAACAGAACUCUCGGAGCGCGCCGGCCAAUCAGGAACAGAACACACGUCUCGCUGCCAAACAGGAGCGGCUCAGCACCUUCGGCCUGAUGUGCCACAUGGCCGAUCAGACGCUCUUCUCUAUAGUGGAGUGGGCGCGGAGCUGCAUCUUCUUUAAGGAGCUCAAGGUGGGAGAUCAGAUGAAGUUGCUGCAUAACUGUUGGAGUGAGCUGCUUGUGCUGGAUUACAUCGCCAGACAGUUGCAUCACGGGAAAGAGGACAGCGUGCUUCUCAUUACUGGACAGGAGGUUGAGCUUGCGUCUUUACUGGCCCAGGCAGGGGUCACUCUGAGCGGGAUGAUACAGAGAGGUCAGGAGCUGGUGCACCGUCUACAGGAGCUUCAGCUGGACCGCAGAGAAACCGCCUGUCUCAAAUACCUCAUCCUCUUCAACCCUGAUGUGAAGCUGUUGGAAAACCAGCCUUACGUGGAGAGUGUGUACGAGCAGGUGAACGCCGCGCUGUUGGAGUACACACUGUGUGUGUAUCCACAAUUCCCGGACAGGUUUAGCCAGAUCCUUCUGCGCCUUCCCGAGCUCAGAGCACUCAGCACACAAGCUGAAGACUACCUGUGCUACAAACACCUGAGCGGAGAGGUGCCGUGCAACAACCUCCUCAUAGAAAUGCUGCAUGCCAAGAGAACCUGCAUCUGACACACACACACACACACACACACACACACACAGGGCCCGAUUCCUUUGCAGAUGACACUGUUAUUGACUAGAUGUUUUGCAGCAGUCGUCUUUCGCACACAGAAAACCUCAUCAACCAUCACACUGUGUUUCUGAAAGGAAAGAGGGGAGAUGUCAGCGUCAUUGACUGUAUUUGUGAUGCAGAGUGCUGCGGCGAUGGCGUAUUUUUGUAGGCCAAACAAGAAAUCAGCAUCACCCUGCUUCCUUUGACAAACCCAAUACAAUUUUGGAGAAUAUAAGCGAUUCUCACGCGCUGUUUGAAGCCAAUCACUUGAAGCAAAACGGCUAAACGUACUCUAUACCCGAGUGUGACUUCAGCUCUUUCAGUCCUUAUUUAAAAAAAAAAAAAAAAUCCUUGAAAGUUAGAAUACUUCGCGAGAGUGCAAUUACAAACACAGCGAGGCUGUGAAAGUGAGUAGAUGAGUUAACUUGUUUGAUGUGAAGACCUUGAAUGUCCUCCACAAUCUCUGUAGUCCCAUUUAGCCCAUAGUUAGCCAGUACCUUUUUUCAAUCAAGAGGGUAUUUUACAUUAUAGAGCAUGAAAAUACAUCAUACGUUUAACCUGUCGACGGAAGCGAAAAUGCUGUGCAAAAUGCUUCUGUUCAGGAUUUGGACUACAAAAAUACACCAUCCUUUCAGUAAUCUGCUUAAAAAAAGCAACAGAUCGUGCCUUCCCUCUCAACACACACACACACACACAAACACACGCCAAAAAGCGCUUCUUCUUCUUUUUAUAAAAAAGGUAAUCGAGCGAUACGGCUAGGCGCCAAGAACCGCCCACUUAGACAGGAAGCUGCAACACGUGUGUCGUAUCGAAAGAGGUAUUUACAAAAUGAAAUCACAAAUAAGCUGAAAUCUAACGAUUUCCUCAAUAGAGGCCAGUAAACGAGCUAAACAACCUUCAUUAACGUUCCCCUUUUGAGACGGAAAGCGAGAGGGAGAGAGAAAGAAGGGAGGCCUCGUCCGACACAAAGCACACCCGUAAUAGCUCUGCCAUAAAACCUAGCGAGCUGCCUGCAUAGAUAGCAUCGUGUGCGCCUCUCAUGCAACCGCUAGGUUUACGAACGGAGCGCCUUUGACGCACCAGAAGACCGUAUAUGUUUAAAAAGAGCAGAGUGUGCGCGCACGUGCUGAGGAAAGGGGAGGCGAAUUAGGACUCGCAAAUCUGCCUUAAAACUAACACUGUUGAUCCUGUGAAGCUGAGAGAAUCAAUGGGCGUAAAUAACUAUUCAGAUGUGUUUGUGUCUCUGUGCGUUCUAACGCGUGAGUGUGUACGAGAGUGCUUGGGCGCGCGCAAGUGUUACGAAACGCCAUCUCGAUAUUAAGCCCCUCUCAAGCUUAGGCCAAGCUGAUUUCGCUAUCUCAGCAUGUUUUCAUUUUUGUAUAGUGGAGUGUCUGAUCGGUCAAGUUCUCUUUCAUGUAACAUGUUUGUGUUAAUGACAUUUUGUUUUGAAUGUGCUUAACUGUACUGUUUCAAAUGAAUAAAUACAAAUUAUUUAAACCAGCAGA